AUGUCUUCAAAUUCCGUACAACAACUCGCCGAACAAUGGCUACAAUUGGAUCCCUUUGAUAGAACCCGAGCAGAGAUUCAAUCUCUUCUACAACAAGGAAACAUGACUGAAUUGGACAAGCGUUUAACCAAACGUAUUGAAUUUGGUACAGCUGGCUUACGGUCCGUGAUGGCAGCCGGAUUUUCUUGCAUGAAUGAAUUGAUCAUUCUGCAAACUUCUCAAGGUGUUUGUAGAUACAUUGAGAAGGAAACAUCAAGCACAUCUGACAGGAGUAAGAUUUCCAUUGUUAUUGGAUACGAUGGUAGACAUCAUUCCAAACAAUAUGCCCAUUUGGCUGCUGGUGUGUUCUUGUCUAGAGGUUUCACUGUGUAUUUAUUCAAAACGAUGGUGUGUACUCCUUUUGUUCCUUUUGCUGUUAGCAACCUCAACAGAAAGAAGAAGGAAGGAGAGAGAUGUGUUGCUGGUAUCAUGGUUACUGCAUCCCAUAAUCCAAAGCAAGACAAUGGAUACAAAUUGUAUUGGGAGAAUGGUUGUCAAAUCAUACCACCACAAGACGAGUACAUCUCCGAGCAAAUCAUGCAAAACUUGAAUGUUUGGGAGGAAGUUGGAAAGCAGUUAAAGACUCACGGAACCGGAGCUGAUGAUGAAGAGGUCAUUGAUUUGUCUCCAUGGAGUGAAUUGUUAAAAGAUCCAUCUAGUCAAGCUGAUGAAUAUUUCGAAGCAAUUCGUGCCUAUAACUAUGGCUCAGGAAAGCCUGUCAUCUCUGAUGAAAAGAUUGUUUAUACUGCCAUGCACGGUGUUGGUACUCCAUUCACGAAUAGAGCCAUUGAAGUUUAUGGAUUACCCAAAUGCAUUCCCGUAGAAGAACAAAUUGAUGCUGAUCCAGAGUUUACCACUGUAAAAUAUCCAAAUCCAGAGGAAGGAAAGGGAGCUCUAAAGCUUGCAAUGGACAAGUGUGAACAAGUUGGUGCUAUUUUGAUUUUAGCUAAUGACCCAGAUGCUGACAGAUUGGCUGUUGCUGAAAAACAGGUGGAUGGCACAUGGAGAAUUUUCAAUGGUAACGAAAUUGCCAUGUUAUUGGCUGAUUGGGUUUGGACACAUUACAAACUUUCUCAUCCCAAUGCUGACUAUUCCAAGUGUGUCAUGAUUGCAAGUACUGUCAGCUCAAAAUUAUUGAAAGCUAUGGCUGCUCAUGAAGGGUUCAAAUUUGAUGAAACUCUCACUGGAUUUAAGUGGAUUGGAAACCGAGCAGAUCAAUACAUUAAGGAUGGAUAUACAUUUUUGUUUGGUUACGAAGUUGAAAUCGGCUUCUUGGUUGGAGACUGUAGUUUAGAUAAGGAUGGUGUAAGAGCGGCCUCUGUUUUUGCUGAAAUGGCACAUUACCACUAUAAGAAUGGAAAGGUUAAGCGUCUCAGCGAACAAAUAGAUAAUAUUUAUUCAAAGUAUGGAUACUUUGCCAUGAAAACUCGUUACUUCUUUACUCCAACCACUGAACUCUUACACCGGGUCAUGGAAGAUCUCAGAAAAAUUGAAAAUGGUGGCUAUCCAACAUACAUUCCAAGUAUUAAGGACAGCUCUAGACAGUUCAAGAUUAAGUCUCUUAGAGAUUUAACAAAGAAUUUUGAUUCUGGACAAAAGGACAACAAGCCACUUCUCCCUGCUACUCCAACAUCCCAAAUGAUCACUUUCACUUUUGACAAUGGUGCCACUGCAACAAUUAGAAACUCUGGAACUGAACCAAAGCUUAAGUGGUAUGUCGAAACUAAUGACAUGAACAAGGAGAAGGCCUUUGAGCUCUUAGAUGAAAUGACACCAUCCAUUCUCGAGUAUCUUCUUAAACCAAAGGAAAAUGGCUUGGUUGCUCCUCAAGAUUAA